CAUCCCACCUGCAUUCCUGCCUCUCAGCUUAGAGAAGGAAGAUGAAUUUCAGCCGAUACCCGGUGGAAGCGACUGGCGUUGGGAUGGUGCAAAAUGGGAAAAUAAAGACCUACAUGCUCUCUAUCCUCUGGUCAGACCGCAAUAACAUUCUCAUAUACAGAACCUACGAGGAAUUCAAGGAUCUGGCUAAGCAACUUAAAAGGAAGUUUCCCUUGGAAUCUGGGCUUUUAAAUAAAUCAGAGAGGAUCAUUCCCAUACUUAAAGACAUUCCCUUGAUUUACAGGAGCACCCGCUUCUCCAACCGCUUCAUUGAGAGGCUGCACCUGGCCGAGCUUUACUCCCAGGAGUUGCUGCAGACUGACUCCAAAAUCUCUCAGUGUGAAGAUGUCAUUCAGUUCUUCUCUCCGAACAACCAGGACCUUGCUCCCACCUUCACUGAAAACAGCUUGGUGAUAAUGCCUUCAGACAAAGACCAAAAAAAAGUCAACCACCAAAUGAAGUCCUCAGCACCAGUAUCAGAGCCAGUGAUUACCCAGAAGUACAUCUGCAUUGAAACCUUUGAAACCAAAGACACCAAGAACAGGCCCUUCAAAGUCAACAAAGAUGAAUUAGUUGAUGUGCUCAUCAAGGAUCCUACAGGCUGGUGGCUGGUAGAGAAUGAAGAUGGAAAUUUAGCAUGGUUUCCUGGGCCGUAUUUGGUAGAACCUGCGGAUGCAGCCUGCACAUACUCAAACAGGAAAUCCUUAAAUGAUGGCACAUCCUACUACGCAGUGAAGGGUUACCAGGCUCAGAACUCUGAUGAACUUUCCCUCGGAGUAGGUGUUGUAGUGGAAGUAAUAGAGAAAUCUGACAAUGGUUGGUGGCAAGUCUGUUACAAUGAGCAGUGCGGAUACGUCCCAUCUAUGUUCCUCAAGCCAUACUGCAACCCCCACCAGCAACUGCAGGUCACCUUCACCCAUCACAGAUUUGGAUCAACCCCCAACCUACACAAGGCUCCGAGCUGCCUCACUGGAAUCCAUGAACCCAAUACUGCAGACAAGGAGUAUAGAACUGAGAAUGGGAAUAAUGAGGCAUCUCUAAACAUAAGAAGAUCCCGUUCUGUGGGUGAGUUUAAAGAUUUUCAAGAAUUUCAAGGAAACGUCCUGGGGAGAAGAUCUUCUACUGAACGCUUCAUUGAAUGGGAAGCCCCCCACCAUGAUGAUUAUCCCUUGCCGACUGCAGAAAGCAAUAAUAGUGAAAAGAUCCGUAUUAUUAUAUCAUCAGAAGAUAAUGAGGAUCCAAGACCAAACCAAAGUCAAACUGAUUCUACCCAAAGCCACCUAAGGAAAGACUCCAAGUUGGAUCAUUCCACCCAAAGCCGCCUAAGGAAAGACUCCGAGUUGGAUCAUUCCACCCAAAGCCGCCUAAGGAAAGACUCCGAGUUGGAUCAUUCCACCCAAAGCCGCCUAAGGAAAGACUCCGAGUUGGAUCAUUCCACCCAAAGCCGCCUAAGGAAAGACUCCGAGUUGGAUCAAUCCACCACAGGUUCCUACGUUUCUUGUUUUUCCCCUGACAGCAUGUCCAACACAAGACCACCAACGGUGCCACCAAGGCCAACAAGCCAAGAAAUACUAAGCAGGUGCACCACCCUAACCAAAAAGGCCUCCCGAAUCUAAUACAUAGCCUCCAAUCGUCCCUAAAUUCCCAGGGGCUGUUCUCUCUUCUCUGGAUUUUUUGUGCCCUGGUUCAAAAAAAGUGAAACCAUCAGGUUGUGAACCCAACCAUGAUGCUGUCCCACUGUUUAAAGGUAGAAGCGGUGUUUAAAGGCACAGUAAAGUUACGGAAAAAAAUCCUUAUUAACUUCAACAGCAGCUAAAGGGAUGUAAAGCAAUACAGUCACCCCCAAAAACAGUGGUGUAACUAUAGAAGAAGCAGACCCGGGGGAGGGUUUUGCCCAUAUCCAUCAAUGAACUCUUUACUUUCAUUUUGUUUUUGCUCAUUGCCGAGUAUCUCAGCUGCUGUGUGCUCCAUAGCCACUCUUUACUAUUUUAUAUCAGUGUUUUAUAUGGUUUGUCAUUAAUAGCAGCAGCGGCUAGAGCCCACCAGGGAUAUGCAAAAGGGCUCCAAAUGCACCGGACACAGCGGCUUGCUUAAAACUCGAUUUUUAUUACUCCAUUUAAA